AUGUUGGAGCCUCACCCUAACGCUCUGAUUUUUCUCUACCUCUCCCCUCACCACCACCAUCCCCUCACCUUCUGCUUUCCUCCCUGUCUCUCUCUCCACCCCUUCACCCCAUCUCUCCUCCCUGCUGCAGGCUUCUAUGAACUGAGCGAGGGUCCGUCCCCCGCUCUCUCCGAUUCCUCUGCCUCCAUCUUUGCCGAAUGCUUUUCCAAUUUCCAAUCUGCUGCAUGCAACUAUCCAUGGAUUGGUUUGGCAGAGGCUCGCAUGAAUUAUGCAAAUGAACGACCUAAAUCUUUAGCGGAGCCUCUGCACCUGGACCGGGAGGAGAGUCUGAGCUACGCUGACAGUGACUAUGUCUCCUCUGUGCCGCGUUCCUUCUCAGCCAAUCACGCGGACUCGUUCGAGGCCCUGAUGGACGUGCAGCCCAAGUACCAGUGCGACCUGAUCACCCGCGAUGGCCUGGACCUCUUCCCGUACCCGAGCCCCCUGCACGCCAUGGCUGUGCAGAGUCCGCUACUGUGCCCCCAGAUGCUGAGGGCCAACAGCGAGGAGAAGCCCCUCUCACCCACCUCCUACCUGAGCAGCUACAAGCUGGACGACGAUGGCGAGAUGUUCUUCGGCUCCCAGGGCGAUCUGCCCCCGGGCCUGGAGGCCGUGCACUCGAAGAGGCUGGAGAACUACAUCGCAGGCCUGGUACACAAACGCGUCUACCCGGUUCGGCCCAGCAAGCCAAGGACUAGCUUCAGCACAGAGGCCAUGAAAGGCCUAAUGAGGCAGAGCAGCAUGUGCCAGAGGAGCACGGAGGCUGCCAAUCCCCCCGGCGCAGGCUGCGAUCAGGUCUGGCCUUCGUCCGAGCGCAGGAAUAUCCCGAGUUCCCACAGCUUCGACGGGAGCCUGCCGUCGCCCAAGUACAGGCCUCAGUGGACUUCCAGCAGGGAGCACCUGUCCGUCAAGAAAAACAUCCCCUCCUGCCAAUCCGUGGACAGCUUCGCCGCUGCUAUCCAGCAGCAAAAGAGCGUGGACGAGGGCCAGAAUUCACAGCAGAGCCUGAGGAAGCCGAUCCGGCUCAUGGCUAACACGCCUCCCAUGAGGCCCACCUCUCUCGAGUAUCAUGAGCUGAAUUAUCAUCCGGCCACGAGGGCUUCCCCUCAGGAGAACUACUACCAGAACGUGUACGAACUGAACGACAGGUCUCAGGCUUUCCUUGAUGACAGGCAUCAGGCCUUUCUCGACAACAGGUCUCAGGCCUUCCUCGACAACAGGCCUCAGGCCUUCCUCGAUGACAGGUCUCAGGCCUUCCUCGAUGAGAGGCGUCAGGCCUUCAUGUCUGCUAGACCCGAGUCCUCAGAGCUCCGUUCGCCGCCCUUUGACAAACCACCGGGGUCGGAGGUCAGCGGGGGCCGGAGGUCGCCCGGGGGAGACGACGGCGGGUACCAGAUGGUCAGCGCGCAGUACAUCCCGGCUCAGCAGUCGUACAAAGCCCAUGCCUCCAGCCACGGCGGUAAGGCCAAGGGGCCGCCGCUGAGCAAAGGGCGCUCCGUCGACGCCUCGCCUGAGGCUGGGGCGCCCCCUGGCUUCCGGGAGAAGGGCAAGGCCUCGAGCAAGAAGUGCCGCUUCAGCGAGGAGAGCGAGCCGGCCAAGCGGAGUGGGCGGAGGCCCUCCCCCAGGGGCAAGAAGACCUGCCGCUCCCAGUCAGAGAACAGCCUCCUGAACCGGCACGGGGUGCCUUGCAUCAAGUACAACACCGUGGAGCGGGACGAGGUGACGGGAGCCAGGCCGACACGCUCCAGGCGGCAUCCCAACGGCUAUCACCGGCGCUGGAGGUCGACAGCGGAGAUCUCCCGGGAUGAGGGGUCAGCCCUGCCCCCCAGCUGUGAGCCCUACCCCCAGGCCGACGGGCGGAGAAGGCCCAGGAGGUACCUGAAGCCUCAGGGGAAUCCGGGGAGCGACUCGGAAUAUCCGGCCCGGCAUCGCGGGCCAGGGGGCGGGGGGGAGGAGGAGGAGGGGGAUGGGGAGGAGGGGAGGGCACCCGGCGCCCGGGUCUACGCCGCCAACUGCUUCGGGGACAGCGAGUCGAGCCUGAGCGAGGCCCAGUCGCCAGGCCUCAGCAGCUGCUCCAGCGAUACGGACGAGGAGGAGGAGGGGGAGGAGGAGGAGGCCGCCGGCCUCGUCUGGCCCCAGCAGCUGAGCCCGCAGGCUACAGGCCGUGAGUCUGGGCCACCCAAGGCCUUCGUGAAGAUCAAAGCCUCGCACGCCCUGAAGAAGAAGAUCCUCCGCUUUCGGACGGGCUCCCUCAAGGUGAUGACCACCGUGUGACCAAGGGCUGGCCAGUGGACCGACGGGCGGACUGGCGUUUCGAGUUCCCGCCGCCUCCCGGUCGCCUCGGGAUCGUUCCGGGGUGGGAAAGCGCUUUUGCAGCCAACUCGCUAAUUUGUGGAAGCGUGUUGUCAACGUCAGCGGGCGCAGAGGCCGCCACCGCGCACAGAAAGAUCCCAGGGACAAACCAGCCGGCCAACUGUGGUAUUUUCUUUUCUCGCUGCCCCGCCCCCGUCCUCCCCUUCCCCCCUCCCCGCCCCACCUCCCCCCCCCCCCCCACCGUAAAGCAACGGGAACUCCUUCCUUUCCAAAUGGUGGCCAUGCGAUCUUUUACGCAGGGUAGGAGGGAACACUGGUCGGGUCUGGGUUGGGGAAGGGGUCAAUGAUUGGUAGGAUGUUGGUGUUGGGGU